GCAGCCCCCGUUUGAAGAUUUUAUCGCAGGCAGGUCCUCGAUUCCUUUCAAUUUCGUCCCUGAAUUCGGGCUGGUUUGUUUGUUUGUUUUUUUUUUUUUUUUUCGCAAUUUAGUCCCUAGCUGUGGUAUGAAUGCGACGAGCUCCAUGGGGAUCGCCGCCGCAGCCACCACGGUGAGGCCGUGUUGCCGCAUCCUCGCCGCACGUCUCUUCCCGAAAUGCCCCCGGGGCGCUGCGCCCUUCCCGAUGUGCCCCCGUAAAUCCCCCUCCCCCUUCCCUAAAUGCCCCCGCCGCCGACGCCGCCCCCACCUCGCCCCCGCGUGGAUCCGCGCCGCCGUGGCCCCGGCCGCCGACGCGGCGGCGCCGGGGCGCCGCCGCCUCUCCACCGAGGAGGAGGCGGCGGCGGCGGAGGUGAGGGAGGAGACGGCGAUGGAGAGGGAGGCGUGGGGCUUGCUGAGGGGGGCGGUGGUGAGGUACUGCGGGAGCCCGGUGGGGACGGUGGCGGCGAGCGACGUGGGGGCGUUUCGCGAGGAUCCGCUAAAUUACGAUCAGGUGUUCAUCAGGGAUUUCGUUCCCUCGGCCCUCGCCUUCCUCCUCAAGGGCGAGACCGAGAUCGUGCGCAAUUUCCUCCUCCACACCUUGCAAUUGCAGAGCUGGGAGAAGACUGUGGAUUGCUAUAGCCCUGGACAGGGGUUGAUGCCAGCUAGCUUCAAGGUUAGAACGGUCCCACUUGAUGGAAGCAAUGAGGCAUUUGAGGAAGUCUUAGACCCGGAUUUUGGCGAGUCAGCUAUUGGACGUGUUGCUCCUGUAGAUUCUGGAUUGUGGUGGAUUGUAUUACUUAGAGCAUAUGGGAAGAUAACAGGAGACUAUUCAUUGCAAGAGAGGGUAGACGUGCAAACCGGCAUUAAAUUGAUCUUGAAUUUGUGUUUAUCUGAUGGGUUCGACAUGUUUCCGACUCUACUAGUCACUGAUGGCUCUUGUAUGAUAGAUCGAAGGAUGGGGAUUCAUGGGCACCCUCUCGAGAUCCAAGCUUUGUUCUACUCCGCUCUUCGAUGCUCGCGAGAGAUGAUCACUGUCAACGAUGGAUCAAAGGGCCUGAUUCGUGCUAUCAAUAACAGACUAAGUGCUCUCUCAUUCCAUAUUAGAGAGUACUAUUGGGUUGAUAUGCCCAAAAUCAACGAGAUAUACCGUUACAAAACUGAGGAGUAUUCGCAAGAUGCUACCAACAAGUUCAAUAUUUAUCCUGACCAAAUCCCUUCUUGGUUAGUGGAUUGGAUUCCAGAGAAAGGCGGGUACCUUAUUGGAAAUUUACAACCUGCCCACAUGGAUUUUAGGUUCUUUUCGCUUGGAAAUCUAUGGGCCAUAGUUUCUUCGUUAACAACUCCAAAACAAGCUGAAGGAAUUCUCAAUCUUAUUGAAGAGAAGUGGGAUGAUCUCAUGGGGAAUAUGCCUCUCAAAAUAUGCUAUCCUGCACUAGAAUAUGAAGAAUGGCGUAUAAUCACGGGGAGUGAUCCUAAGAAUACCCCGUGGUCAUACCAUAAUGGUGGAUCUUGGCCUACCCUUCUGUGGCAGUUCACAUUAGCCUGCAUUAAAAUGGGCCGGCCGGAGCUGGCUCGAAAAGCCGUUGCCCUAGCUGAGAAGCGGCUCUCAAAUGACCAGUGGCCCGAGUACUACGAUACACAAACAGGAAGGUUCAUUGGAAAGCAGUCACGCCUCUACCAAACAUGGACGAUCGCCGGUUUCUUGACCUCGAAAAUGCUUCUGGAAAACCCCGAAAUGGCUUCCAUAUUGACUUGCGACGAAGACCUCGAGCUUUUAGAGGGGUGUGCUUGUAAACUAACCAAGGCCGGACGCACCAAGUGCUCUCGCCGCUUGGCCAAGAAGCAGGUCCUCUAUUAACUACAUUCAAAUGUGAUUUUUUUUUUUUUUUUACUAUUUUAUUUUAUACUGUAUAGUGGCAAAAUGAAUCAGUGUAUAGGUGAAGAUCAGAUUCUGCAUCUGAUUUGGUUCCACAGUGGGAGCUCAUUAUUUUUGUUGGGCUGCCAUUGGUGGGGAACGACUUAUAUACGCGCCAAUCAUACGGAUUAUAGGGUUUGUUUAUGUGACAGCUAAUGAUUCAGAAUGCUGCUGACACUUGGAUUUGUAACAAUUUGCAUUUACAUGAUGUAUUUUACAUGCACACUAACACACUUCAGUUAUGUAAUAUUGUGUUAUUCGAAUAACAUAAAUUUGUGAUGAUCACCUCUCUUGUUGUA